GCGCGCUGACAGCUUCCGGUUUGGUUUCCCCGCCCCUGCGCGGCUAAAGCAGUGCGGACUCGGCUGUGGAAGCCGUGGGGUCUCAGGGGGCAGGGUGUGGUGAGGUGAGGUGGGUCCCCGAGCGGGGUUCCCGGAGCCAUGGCUUGCUCCAUUGUCCAGUUCUGCUACUUCCAGGACCUCCAGGCCGCCCGGGACUUCCUCUUCCCUCAUCUGCGGGAGGAGACCCCCAGCGGCGCCGUGCGGAGGGACCCCAGUAAAUCAAACUGGGAAGAUGAUGGUUGGGGAGCAUGGGAAGAGACGGAACCCCAAGAACCUGAAGAAGAAGGAAAUACUUGCAAAACACAAAAAACGUCCUGGCUGCAAGAUUGUGUUUUAUCCUUAUCUCCAACCAAUGAUCUUAUGGUUAUUGCCCGAGGGCAAAAAGCUGUUUUUCUAGUGCCAAAAUGGAAAUACAGCGAUAAAGGAAAGGAAGAAAUGCAAUUUGCUGUUGGCUGGAGUGGUUCUUUAAAUGUCGAAGAAGGAGAACAUGUAACCAGUGCUCUAUGUAUCCCACUAGCAAGCCAAAAGAGGAGUUCCACAGGGCGUCCUGACUGGACCUGCAUCGUGGUGGGCUUUACUUCAGGUUACGUGCGCUUCUACACUGAGAGUGGUGUGCUCUUGCUCGCACAACUUUUGAAUGAAGACCCAGUCCUACAGCUGAAGUGCAGGACCUAUGAAAUCCCACGACACCCUGGCGUGACCGAACAGAAUGAAGAGUUGAGUAUAUUAUAUCCGGUUGCCAUUGUGACUAUUGAUGGAUUUAGCCUUUUUCAGUCUCUUCGUGCUUGUCGAAAUCAGGUAGCAAAAGCUGCAGCAUCUGGCAAUGAGAACAUACAGCCCCCACCGUUAGCUUAUAAGAAAUGGGGUCUCCAAGAUAUUGACACUAUUAUUGAUCAUGCUAGUAUUGGUAUCAUGACUCUGUCCCCUUUCGACCAAAUGAAGACUGCCUCCAACAUAGGGGGAUUUAACGCAGCAAUUAAAAACAGUCCACCCGCCAUGUCGCAGUACAUCACCGUCGGGUCCAAUCCAUUUACUGGCUUCUUCUAUGCACUAGAGGGGAGCACCCAGCCGUUACUGUCUCACGUGGCGCUGGCGGUCGCAAGUAAACUCACUUCUGCUUUAUUUAACGCUGCCAGUGGCUGGCUUGGUUGGAAAAGCAAACACGAAGAGGAAGCCGUGCAGAAGCAGAAGCCAAAGGUCGAGCCGGCCACCCCGUUGGCUGUCAGAUUUGGACUUCCAGAUUCUAGACGCCAUGGUGAAAGUAUAUGUCUGUCUCCAUGUAACACUCUGGCAGCAGUAACAGAUGAUUUUGGCAGAGUAAUUUUAUUGGAUGUGGCUAGAGGAAUUGCAAUACGCAUGUGGAAAGGGUAUCGAGAUGCACAGAUUGGUUGGAUCCAAAUCAUAGAGGACCUCCACGAAAGAGUACCAGAAAAGGCAGAUCUUUCCCCUUUUGGAAAUACUCAGGGUCCAAGCCGAGUAGCUCAGUUCCUUGUGAUCUAUGCACCAAGAAGGGGAAUCUUAGAAGUGUGGAGCACACAGCAGGGACCUAGAGUUGGAGCCUUCAACGUGGGAAAGCACUGCAGGCUUCUGUAUCCUGGCUAUAAAAUAAUGGGCUUAAAUAACGUUACCAGUCAGAGUUGGCAGCCGCAGACUUACCAGAUCUGCCUUGUUGAUCCAGUGUCUGGAAGUGUGAAAACAGUCAAUGUUCCUUUCCAUUUAGCGCUGAGCGACAAGAAGUGUGAACGAGCCAAGGACAUGCACCUAGUGAAGAAGCUGGCCGCCCUGCUGAAAACAAGACCUCCCCACCUCGAUUUGGUUGAAACACAAAUGAAGGAACUAAUUCUUGAUAUUAAGUACCCCGCAACCAAGAAACAAGCCUUGGAAAGCAUUUUGGCAAGUGAACGAUUACCAUUUUCCUGCCUUAGAAACAUCACUCAGACUCUAAUGGAUACUUUAAAAAAUCAAGAGCUGGAGUCUGUUGACGAAGGAUUGCUACAGUUUUGUGCCAAUAAACUGAAAUUACUCCAUCUUUAUGAGUCUGUCAGUCAGUUAAAUUCCGUUGAUUUUCAUUCAGAUACGCCAUUCUCGGAUAAUGACUUGGCUGUGUUACUGAGGCUCGAUGAAAAAGAACUGCUUAAGCUCGUGGCAUUACUAGAGAAGUACAAAGAGGAAAAAUCCAGGACUGCUACAGUCCGAUUUUCUGAUGCUAAGGAUGGCGUGUUACACGUGAAAACAUUCCUGGAAUAUUUAGAGUGUGAGAAAGAUGCGGUAACUAAGAAGAUAAGUGAAGAGGAGUAUGUGGCUUUAGGCAGUUUCUUUUUUUAGUGUUUGCAUGGAGAAAGCUCUACCGAGGACAUGUGUCACACUCUGGAGUCAGCUGGACUGAGCCCUCAGCUGUUGUUGUCUCUGCUCCUGAGUGUGUGGCUUUCUAAGGAAAAAGAUAUUUUGGAUAAACCGCAGUCUGUGUGCUGUCUCCAUACGAUGCUGUCCCUUCUGAGCAAGAUGAAAGUGGCCAUCGAUGAGACCUGGGAUUCCCAGUCUGUGUCCCCGUGGUGGCAGCAGAUGCGCACGGCUUGUAUUCAGUCUGAGAACAACGGAGCUGCUCUGUUGUCUGCACACGUUGGGCAUUCCAUUGCUGCACAGAUCUCAAACAGUAUGACUGAGAAAAAAUUUUCCCAAACAGUGUCGGGUGCUGAUUCUGAGGCCCUCACCGAUUCCUGGGAGGCCCUUUCUCUUGACAUGGAAUACUGGAAGCUCCUGCUGAAACAGCUGGAGGACUGCCUCAUCCUUCAGACUCUGCUUCACAGCAAAGCAAACACGCCAGUCUCCAAAGUGUCAUCGCUGCAGGCUGAGCCACUCCCGAGGCUGUCUGUCAAAAAGUUACUGGAAGGGGGAAAAGGUGGCAUUGCAGACAGUGUAGCCAAGUGGAUAUUUAAACAGGACUUCAGCCCUGAAGUACUAAAACUGGCUAGUAAGGAAAGAGAUGCAGAAAACCCAGAUGAACCCAAAGAAGGUAUUAACAGAGGUUUACUUGAAGCAUCAGAGGUGGAGAUGACCCUAGGAGCCAUACCAGACUUGUUGCAUUUAGCCUAUAAGCAGUUUCCAUGCAGCCUUGAGCUGGACGUGCUGCACGCCCACUGCUGUUGGGAGUACGUCGUUCAGUGGAAUAAAGACCCAGAGGAAGCACGUUUUUUUGUUAGGUCAAUAGAACACUUGAAGCACAUUCUUAAUGCGCAUGUUCAGAAUGGCAUUGCUCUCAUGAUGUGGAAUACAUUCUUGGUGAAAAGGUUUUCUGCUGCUACGUACUUGAUGGAUAAGGUUGGAAAAUCACCAAAGGACAGGCUAUGUCGAAGGGAUGUGGGGAUGAGUGACACAGCAAUGACCUCCUUCCUUGGCUCCUGCUUGGAUCUUCUUCAGACUUUAAUGGAGGCCGACGUCAGCCGGGAUGAGAUGCAGGCACCUGUCCUGGACACGGAGGACGCGUGGCUCAUGGUCGAGGGACCAAUCUCCAUCGUGGAGCUGGCACUGGAGCAGAAGCACGUCCACUACCCGCUGGUGGAGCAUCACUCCGUCCUCUGCUCCGUCCUCUACGCCGUCAUGAGGUUUUCUCUGAAGACCGUGAAGCCGCUGUCACUCUUCGAUAGUAAGGGGAAAAAUGCAUUCUUCAAAGACCUAACUUCGAUUCAGUUAUUACCUAGUGGGGAAAUGGAUCCAAAUUUUAUUUCUGUACGACAACAGUUCUUACUGAAAGUCGUUAGCGCGGCCGUCCAGGCCCAGCACUCAGUCGUGAAAGACCGAGAGUCCUCAGAAGAGGCACCGACCACUCCUUUUGGGAAAGACCAAGACUGGCCAGUGCUAGCUGUGGAUUUGGCUCAUCACCUUCAAGUUAGUGAAGAUGUGGUUCGAAGGCAUUACGUGGAGGAGCUCUACAACUACGGAGCGGACCACUUGGGAGAAGAGGCCAUUCUCCAGGUUCAGGACAAGGAGGUCCUUGCCUCGCAGCUGCUGGUGUUAACAGGGCAGAGACUGGCUUACGCGCUCCUCCACACCCAGAUCAGAGAAGGAAUGGAGCUACUGGCCAGACUUCCGCCCAUGCUCUGCACUUGGCUGAGAGCCAUGAACCCCCAGGAUCUUCAAAACACAGAAGUGCCAAUUGCAACGACAGCUAAACUAGUAAAUAAAGUCAUUGAGCUUUUACCAGAAAACCAUGGGCAGUACAGUUUAGCCUUACACCUCAUUGAAGCGAUGGAAGCCAUAUCUCUUCCUUCUUUAUGACACUUACCUACUGAAAAUGGUCUGAAAUUGUGUGACUGGAACAUGAAUUAGUGCAUGUAAUUUUACAUAGUAAGAUCUGGAAUUUUAUGAAGGGAGUAGGUCUUUUUUCUUUUGUAAAAUAAAUACAAAUACAUACUACUUUUUAAAAGUGCAGUCCUGGCUAAAUUCCACUCCUUUGGUUAAUACUGAAGAUAAAAUAUAACUGAAUAUCAACUAUACCAUAUUACUAACACAGAUGUUUUACUGUUUAUUUCUAAUUUAAGCACUUAAAUAGCUUUAUGGGUAAACUUUGCUAUUUCAAAUGGGUUAUAAUUUACAGAUUAUGUUCUUAUUAUCAGAUUCUAUAUUUCGUACUCAAAAUGUUAAUUGUAAUUAAAUUUAAGUGUGUUCAUGUAUAGUCCCCCAUCAGUAAAAUUUGAGGAACACCCCACUGGCUUUUGUUGGCAUGCUUAAAUCCCCGAGCUCUGCACGAGGACAGGUUCUUUCCCCGAGGUUAUGCUGCCACCACCGGAGGAUGAUGACCUUGCUUUGGAGGAGGAACGGGUUCGAGAUCCUCAUAUUCAUCAGAAGGGACACUGAACAACAUUAGAACCCUUAACCUGUUGUCCUUGCCAAAACUGAGAAUCUGAGACGCAAGCAACACAGCAAAAUUAAUUACGAUGUAAGUUAAGAUUUACUUUUUGCCAAGAUUCAAAGUUGUAUCCACAUCAGGUCAUUGUAAAAAUGUAUUAUCUUGUAAAAUUUAUGUUUUAAAAAAAAGGGCAAAGAUGCUAAAAAAAAUUAAGUCCAAUUUAUUUUUCCUACAAGUGUUUAGAAAGGUCUGCUUCUGGGAUAUGGUAACAUUAUCUAUUCUUGGGAACAGUACAGAAAAGGCCUAGUGAUAUUACAGCUUUGCAAACCUACCUCACAGCUGGGUUGAGAGAAUAAAAUACAACUAAUUUUGUACCCUAGAGUGCCUCGAGCAGUCCAAGUGCUGAAUAAUUAUUUGUUGAUUAAAAUCAGGUUAACCAAAACUCUGUAAAAAGUGCUUUGAGCUCUACAAAUACCAAGUCUUUAUUAGGGUAGAUCUUUGGAAUGUAGCCAUAGAGUGCAAUUACUGAUCUCUGUCACGGAUCACAAUUGUUAUUCGUAGUAACUCAUUGUGAUACGGAAGUGUGUUGUUUCACUUACACGUAGGAAGCCAGCGUUAGUAACUGUACAAAGUUGACGAGUAUGCCCCUCGAGGUUAUAAAGAAAAAAGUCUCACAUUUGAGGAUAUCCCAGUGUAAAUUCUUUUUAAUUAAAAGAUCACACCCAAAAAGGAACUAAAACUUAGUCUAAAGAAAGAACUAGUUCUAAAGAACUAAAACUGUCUAAAACUUACUAAUUACCGUUUAAUUU